AUGGCCGCCGAGGUGCUCGUCGGGUCCGAGCGCCGCGUGCUCAUCAGCUCCCUCCCCGCGCCGCCGCCGCCCGACAGCCUGCUCGGCCGCCUCGACCAGAUCGACCUACGGCUGAGGCAGCUGGAGGAGGAGCGGCGGCCCUCCUCGGUCGCCGACGGCGACGGACCGCACCCGGCGCCGCGGCACCAGCACAGCAAGUCGAUGCCGUCGGCGCUCCAGCCGCAGGACGUGAGGGGCACGCUCAUGGACCGCCUCAACCUGCUCGAGUCGCGCAUCAGGCAGCUCAGCUGCGAGCUCGACCUCGACGGCUCCGGGAGCGGCAAGGUUCCCGCGUCGUCCCUCCCGAUGCCCAUGCCGAUGCCGCGCCCGGCCGAGGACUGCGCGUGGUCCGAGCCGCCGCUGCCCGAGCCCAUGCGCGCGCGCACCGCGGCCGCGGCCGCCGCGGGCGGCGGCGCCGGGGCCAGCUGGAGCGCCGUGCAGAUCCUGCAGAGGGGCGCCCGCCAGCUCAACCGCAACAAGCCCAUCCACCCAGCCAAGGUGAAGAAGCUGAAGGAGGCCAAGUGCGCGUGCGAGGAGGAGAAGAGGAAGGCGGAGCGCGGCGGCCGGCCAUCGGCUGGCCGGAGGUGGUUCACCGUCGGGUGCUAGUUUGCUCAUCAAUGGACGGAUGACCUCGCGCAUUUGAGCCCUACUUGAUGAAUUAGAAUGUGUCAUUGCUCUUUCCCCCUCUGUUUUUUAGUUGCUCUGUUUUGUUUUCAGUUAUAAGUAUAUAUAUAUAUAUAUAUGUAUCGAUCGAUUUGUAGUAUUUUGUAAGCGUGUGUAGUGCCCAUAUACUAUAUGUUUGCCUUGAGAGAGUGCUGAUUAUUUACAAC